GGCGUCGUUUCGCUCACCAGAUCGCAACAGCCCCGCGUCCGUGUGGGCUUCGACACUGUGCACACCAAGAAGGUCACUGCAUCCACUCAGCACAUCAGCGGUUUUUUUAUCGAAUAUCGCCGCCAUGGACGACCUGUUCGACGUGUUCGAUGGGGACAAUGGCGCGCAGAACGCCCCCAAGAAGAGCAAGAAGCGCCAGGCAAAUGGCGCCGUCAAGACGCCCAGUGUAGAUGCGCCCAGUGUAGAUGCGCCCAUGUCGGAUGCGCCCAUGUCGGAUGCGCCGGUAGCGGGCAGCGAGCGGUCCGAGGAGAAUGAGACUGAGAGCAGCGCCCCACAACACCUGAAGCGACAGAAGCGCGACGCCGAGCUCGAGGCCAUUGUGACCGACGACUUUGAGACAGAGCAGACACGUGAGGUUGCCGCAGCGGCCGGACUCCAGGCGCAGACGGUGCAGGACGGACAGGGCGUGGUGCUCUCGCAUCAAGUCCGCCAUCAGGUCUCACUCCCACCCGACUACGACUACGUCCCCAUAUCCGAGCACAAAGCACCCGCCGAGCCUGCGCGCGUGUGGCCCUUCACACUCGACCCCUUCCAGCAAGUCUCGAUUGCAUCGAUACAAAGAAACGAGAGUGUCCUGGUCUCGGCGCAUACAUCCGCAGGAAAGACAGUCGUGGCCGAGUACGCCAUUGCGCAAUGUCUCAAGAACAACCAGCGAGUCAUCUACACGAGCCCAAUCAAGGCCCUCAGUAAUCAGAAAUACCGAGAAUUCAUGGCAGAGUUUGGCGAUGUUGGUCUUAUGACGGGUGAUGUCACCAUCAACCCCACCGCGACCUGUCUGGUCAUGACAACUGAGAUUCUGCGAUCCAUGCUGUACCGUGGCUCCGAGAUCAUGCGCGAAGUUGCUUGGGUUGUCUUCGACGAGGUCCACUAUCUGCGUGACAAGUCGCGUGGUGUGGUGUGGGAGGAGACCAUCAUCCUGUUACCCGACAAGGUCCGCUACGUCUUCCUGUCCGCUACGAUCCCCAACGCCAUGCAGUUCGCCGAAUGGAUUACCAAGACACACAGCCAGCCGUGCCACGUUGUCUACACCGACUUUCGACCAACACCUCUACAACACUACUUCUUCCCGCAGGGUGCGGACGGUAUCCACUUGGUUGUCGAUGAGAAGGGUGUCUUCCGAGAGGAGAACUUCCAGAAGGCUAUGUCGUCGAUCGCAGACAAGGCAGGAUCCGCCGCCAAUGACUUCAUGGCGAAACGCAAGGGCAGGGGCAAAGAUAAGAAGACGAAUACUGGUGGCAACAAGGAAGGCUCCGACAUCUACAAGAUUGUCAAGAUGAUCAUGGUCAAGAGCUAUAAUCCGGUCAUUGUUUUCAGUUUUAGCAAGCGAGACUGUGAGAACUACGCGCUGUCCAUGAGCCAACUCUCGUUCAACGACGAUUCGGAGAAGGCUAUGGUCUCGAAGGUGUUUAGCAGUGCCAUUGAGAUGUUGUCAGAGGAGGAUCGUGCGUUGCCUCAAAUCCAGCACAUUCUCCCUCUGCUGCGAAGAGGUAUCGGUGUCCAUCACUCGGGCUUACUGCCCAUCCUCAAGGAGACCAUCGAGAUCUUGUUCCAAGAGGGUUUGAUCAAAGUCCUGUUUGCAACCGAAACCUUCUCCAUCGGUCUGAACAUGCCGGCCAAGACUGUCGUCUUCACCAGUGUGCGCAAGUUCGAUGGUGUCGCACAGCGAUGGGUAACACCAUCUGAGUUCAUUCAAAUGUCUGGUCGUGCAGGUCGUCGUGGUCUCGAUGACCGUGGUAUUGUCAUCAUGAUGAUCGAUCAGCAGAUGGAUCCAGCCGUCGCGAAAGAGAUUGUUCGUGGACAGCAAGACAACCUGAACUCUGCGUUCCAUCUCGGCUACAAUAUGAUCUUGAACUUGAUGCGUGUCGAAGGCAUCUCGCCUGAGUUCAUGCUUGAGCGCUGUUUCUUCCAAUUCCAGAACACCGCUGGCGUCUCGAGCCUAGAGAAGCAGCUGGGAGAGCUUGAGAACCAAAGAGCAAGCACAGUCAUCACAGACGAAGCAACUGUGAAGGACUACUACAACCUGCGACAGCAGCUUGACAGUCACACCAAGGACAUGCGCGAUGUCAUCAUGCACCCCAACUACUGCUUGCAAUUCCUGCAAGCCGGUCGCUUGGUCAAGAUCAAGUUCAAGGACUACGACUUUGGAUGGGGUGCAGUGGUCGCUUUCACACCAAGGAGAGCGAACAAGGGCGAGAUCUUGCAGCCUCAGGAGUCAUAUGUCGUCGAUGUCUUGCUGUCAGUUGCGAGUGACAGCAAGUUCGCGCCACAAGCAAAUGACGGAUUGCCACCAGGUGUCCGGCCGCCCCCAGCAGAGGAGAAGGGCAAGAUGGAGGUUGUACCCGUGCUACUGAGCUGCAUCGAGUCGAUAGGGCAUCUCCGUGUGUUCUUGCCCAACGAAUUGAAGUCAACUGAGCAGAAGAACAGCGUGCGAAAGGCCUUGGAUGAGGUCAAGAAGCGUUUCCCAGACGGUAUUGCAAUCUUGGAUCCCAUUGAGAACAUGAAGAUCACAGACGAGAGCUUCAAGCGUCUGCUCAGGAAAAUCGAAGUUCUCGAAUCGCGUCUCCUGUCAAACCCCUUACACAAUUCGCCUAGGUUGCCUGAAUUAUACAGCCAGUACGCAAACAAGAUGGCGCUUGCAGACAAGAUCAAAAAGACCAAGAAGGACAUCGCUGAUGCAUUGUCUGUUAUCCAGCUUGACGAGCUGAAGAGCAGGAAGCGUGUGCUUCGACGUCUGGGCUUCAUUGACGACGCCGAUGUCGUUCAGCUCAAGGCCCGUGUUGCCUGCGAGAUCAGCACUGGCGACGAACUCGUUCUCAGCGAGUUGCUCUUCAACCGUUUCUUCAACGAGCUCACACCAGAGCAGUGCGCUGCUUGCUUGAGUUGCUUCAUCUUCGAGGAGAAGAGCAGCGAGGUUCCAGCGCUGAAGGAGGAGCUUGCCAAGCCGUACCGCGAAAUCCAGCAGCAAGCAAGGGUGAUUGCAAAGAUCUCGCAAGAGAGCAAACUCACAGUCAACGAGGACGAGUAUCUCAAGACAUUCAAGUACGAGCUUAUGGAUGUUGUUUACGCCUGGUCCAAGGGCGCGACGUUCGCGCAGAUCUGCAAAAUGACCGACGUCUACGAAGGCAGCCUGAUUCGCCUGUUCCGCCGGCUCGAAGAGUUGCUGCGACAAAUCGCUCAGGCCGCCAAAGUCAUGGGCAGCGAGGAGCUCGAGCAGAAAUUCACCGCGGCGCUCGAGCUCGUCCGUCGCGACUUGGUCGCCGCACAGUCAUUGUACCUCUGAUUCAGGCAACAGCUUAGCUUCGUAUUGACUUUUGCGGCAAUGAGGUGGGAUUUGUAUAGCAUUUUCAACGUUCUCUUGGUCAGUAUGGUACUCUUUCCGGCGUUGCGUCUGUUUGAGCAUGGUAUAACGUCGACGCUACCGGAGCAUACCAGCGUCUCAGGCGUACGAGGGAUGCAUCGGCACUGUGCACACCAAAAGGCGUUGUGGCGCGACUGCUAUUCUGGAUAGGAAUUUACUAGGUCUACCACCGCCGACAUUUGCGGUGAACGAUCC